AGCAGAAAGCAGAAGGUUGUGGACAAAGAGGGGGUCACUCAAAACAGUUUAAAGGAGAAACCUAUGACAGAAAUAAGGCUUCACAGCAAAAGUGACUUGAGCGAAUUGAUGUGAAUGAGGAAAAGUGAAUGAGAGAGAAACAAAAUGACAUACUGGGCUGCUUCAGUAAUCUAACACUGACACUGGUGGUGAUCAUAUGGGCAGAUGUCACUUCUCAGUGCAUUCCCUCAUAAGCCCUUGGAAAGAGGAGAUACAUUACAAAUGAGGAGGGUAUCAUGGGAACAGCAGAGCCUGUGUGCUGUCAUCAUCAUGGAAGCAGGCAAGAUGUCAGGCCAGCAACCACACCACUACUUGUGAUGCAGUAAUUUGGAAAGAAAAGACCCUCCCCCUCCUUGUGUGGGGGCUUGGGGUUUCUCUGAUCAGGCUACUGUCUGGACACCAGAGAUAAAGUUUCAUGGGGUACUAAACCUUUGAAACUGGAUACACUAAAGAGACAACACCACUGUCCUAGGAAAUUAAGAAGGCUGCAUUCUCUCCAUCCUAUGGGAGAAGGUCCACACUAGAUGACAACCUGAUGACAACCUGAUGGAAACACAUGACUACAUUCCGCACCAUUGGCAGAGAUGAGCUCAAAUAAUAUACUUGGAAAUGGGGAAAUCUGGAUUUUGAUCAUUGCUCCAGAAUGACCUAAGUGUCUGACUGAUGUUUAUCAGAGCUUCAGGGCAGACGUUUCCUAUCUGGACAAAUGAGAGGAAAAUGAAUAAAAGCAGUUUCACUUGUGAAAAUGAAACAGUUUCAGACAUUAAAGAAUAUCAGCGUUAUACCUAUGCAGUCAUCUAUACAGUAAUCCUGGUCCCAGGGCUGAUCAGUAAUGUGCUGGCACUCUGGGUCUUUCAUGCAUACGUGAAAGAGACCAAGAAGGCUGUGAUCUUCAUGAUCAACCUGGCCAUUGCCGACCUGCUGCAGGUACUGUCAUUACCUUUGCGCAUAUACUACUACCUGAACAAAUCCUGGCCAUUCGGCCAUACUCUCUGCAUGUUCUGCUUCUACCUGAAGUAUGUCAACAUGUAUGCAAGCAUCUACUUCCUGGUGUGCAUCAGUGUCAGACGCUGCUUGCUCAUUAUCUACCCGCUGCGGUACAGCAUGACGAAGAGGCGCUUGGACCGCAGCUGGUGCACGGCAGGCUGGUUCAUCGUGUGCGUCGGCUGCUUGCCUUUCCCCCUGCUGAGAAAGGAUCCCUCAGCUCCAAAUACUUGCUUCUCAGAGCUGCCCAUGAUGAACCUUACCAUAGGAAGCGGAGUGACACUUGUCACGGUGGCAGAGCUAACAGGGUUCGUUCUGCCGCUAGCUGUGGUACUCACGUGCACGUGGUUAACCGCUGCCAGCCUGCGUGAGAAGAACUGCGUGCUGCAAGAUGCCGGAGAAAAACGCAAGGCCCUAAAGAUGGUGCUUAGCUGUGCCUGUGUCUUUCUGGUGUGUUUCAUGCCUUAUCACAUUACUUUCCCUUUGGACUUCCUAGCCAAAUCUAAUAGGGUCAACUGCACAUUCAGGAGUGCCGUACAGCGCUCCCAUCCUAUCACCUUGUGUCUGGCCAGCUUGAACUCCUGCCUUGACCCAGUCAUGUACUACUUCACCACUGAUGAAUUCAAGCGGCGUCUCUCAAGGCCGGAGUUGGCGGAAAGCCUUCAUAUGCAGCGCAGGAUCUCGUGUACCACAACUGAAGCGACAGCAUUGCACUCUGAACAAGAGGAGUAAAGAUAUCGCUCCACUACCUGCAUAUCAGGAGUGUAUUAUGUCCUAAUUCACACAAUGGAGAAGAUUUUGAAAUGUGAAUAAUCUAUAUACUGUGAGCCAGAGUUCAUGUAAAACUGUGAUCAGUCAACGCUGAAUAUUUAUGAACGAACAUGGUGAAGCCCUAAUAAUGAGCCAUGAAUUAUCUGUUGUUCAUGUGUGCAUAUUUAAGUAUAAGAUGACACAUUAUACUACUGAAGACUUCUGACCAAUGAAUUAAGCACAGCUUAAUGCAAAUACCCAGUAAAUUCAUAUCUCAUAGCUAAAUUGAAAAAAAAUAAUCAGUAAACAUUUUU